AUGAGCUCGAACACAACCCCCAUCGGCAACUCCGCCGAAACCCACAACUCAUCCACAACCCCAGCAGCAACAGGCGGAAACCCCGCGGGACUCGACAACGUUCUCCCUAAAGUGGCUGGCGGKGCACCGGCACGGAUAUACUUGAAUGAAAAGAUCACACCGUAUCUGCUAGAUGGAUUGAAGGAUAUUGCAAGGGAACAGCCACAAAAUCCGCUGAAAGUCCUUGGAGAAUACCUUAUCAAGAAGAGCAAUGAAGUUGAGCAGGGCCAGAACACUGCGCAGUAG